AGGAAGGUUGUGUAAGAAAUUCAUCAAGGAAAUUAAAGAGAGAAGAGCUUCAGUGCUUACAAGCGUUAAAAGAAGAAUGGCAGAAUUACAGCAGGAAAAGGGAACCCAGAAGGCCUUUGGGUGGGCAGCUAAAGACUCCUCAGGAAUCCUUUCUCCUUUCCAUUUUGAAAGAAGGUCUAAUAAGGAUAAUGAUGUCACAAUAAAGAUUCUCUACUGUGGCAUUUGCCACACUGAUCUAAGUUUGGCUAAGAAUCACAAUGGAUUUACUCUCUACCCUCUUGUUCCAGGGCAUGAAAUUGUGGGCAUAGUGACUCAAGUUGGAACCAAUGUCAAGAAAUUCAAGGUAGGAGAUAGAGCAGGGGUGGGCAGCAUGAUAGGAUCUUGUGGCGACUGUGAUAAUUGCCAAGAUGGGAUGGAGAGUUAUUGCCCCAAAAUGAUCAGUACAGUCACAAUAUUUGAUGUGGAUGGGAUCAAGAGACAGGGUGGAUUUUCUGAUUUCAUUGUCGUGGACCAACAUUUUGCCAUCCAUAUCCCGGCCAGCCUACCGUUAGAUGGGGCAGCUCCAUUGCUGUGUGCUGGAAUUACUGUGUUCAGUCCAAUGAAGUAUUUUGGACUUGACAAGCCAGGGAUGCAUUUAGGGGUUGUUGGUCUUGGAGGAUUAGGUCACUUGGCAGUCAAGUUUGCUAAGGCAUUUGGCAUGAGAGUAAGUGUUAUUAGUACAUCUCCAGCUAAGAAGAAUGAAGCAAUUCAAGUACUGAAAGCUAACACAUUUGUUAUUAGUCAUGAUUCCCAGCAGAUGCAGGAUGCCUCGGGCACAUUGGAUGGCAUAAUUGACACAGUCUCUUCGCCACAUUCUGUCUCGCCAUUUCUUAAUCUCUUGAAAACUGGUGGGAAAAUUAUCUUGGUGGGUGCACCAGACCUUGAGAAACCAGUUGAAGUUCCUGUCUGGCCUUUGUUAGGAAGAAGGCAGAUAUCUGGGAGUAUGGCAGGAGGAAUAAAGGAGACACAAGAAAUGAUGGAUUUUGCUGCAGAGCACAACAUAACCGCAAAUGUUGAAGUGGUCCCAAUGGAUUAUGUCAACAAUGCCAUGGAUAGGAUUGAGAAAGGCGAUGUCCGUUACCGGUUUGUAAUUGACAUAGGAAAAACCCUAACUAUUGCUUAAGCCAAUUUGCCAUUGUCCUUGUUAGGAACAUGGUUUUAGGAGCUUUUCUGUUCUUUGUUCCUUUUUCCUGGCUUCUUUAGUGCUUUGUGGGGUUUGAUUGUUGUAUAUUUUGUAUUUUGCUUUGGCUUUCUCUUUGUAUUGUCUCUGUUCAGUGUUUGAAUAAAUUUUAUUCCUCCUC